AUGGAGCGCAGGAAACCCGCACUUACACCGGAAAAUUACAUCCGAGCUAUCAUUUCACUGUCUAGGAGGUAUUCGAGCACGUCUUCCUUUCCUGGAAACCAUUACUUCGAUAUUGCAGAAUGGCUGCGACAAGACCGCCAUCUUCUGAAUUCAAAGAAGCUGGAAGAAGACUCCACCCUUUUUGCUUCCAAGUCUGAACAGCCUUACGACUUAGUCGUGGUAUAUGACUGCGGAGAGAGGAAGUGGAACGUGCAACAAUACCGCCAAGAGCAACACAAUAAUUUCUCUGCUACAUCCUCCGUUUCAUCAGAGCACUUGGGCCAAGUAGUCUUUAUCCGAGGCUUCAUAUCGCCAUCUUGGGUGUCAGUCCUUGGAAGUAAAUAUAAUAUCGAUCCGGAAUUCUUUCGGCGACAUAUGGAUUUCCUGUCUACCAAUGAGGGUAGGCAUUCUUACAGCUUCCCAUCGCUUGCCAGCUCAUCAAACAACAUCUUUCGUCUUUGUGUGAGCACUAUUCUUCACCGCGAUGAUUUUGGGGGACAGAACUUGAAGUUGCAGCGCUCAGAACAACUCACUGAGCUUGAAAAAUACAAGAUACACCAACUUGGAUCUAACAAAGUCUGUUGCGGAGACUCGUUGGUACGCGAGUAUGCUACUGUGUGCGCGUCCUUCUCUGUGAUUGAACAGUGGAUAUCGAUUUAUAUUGCGAAAACGAAUAGAGGAUGGGCUGUCAUUGUCUGGAUGGACCAUGGAAGACCCUUAGAGCAAUCCCCCCGGGGCCCAUGGACUAAUCACAUCGAUGCUAAGGCAAUACCACUACCCGUCCUCCAACAUCAUCCGAAAAUGGCAUUUAGAACGACCAGCAGCCAUCCAAGUACAAAUGCAAAUAAUACGGCAGAGUUUCCUCAAAGCACAACCUUGCUUCCGUUGCAGUACGAUUCUUUGAUCGCUCUUGUCGAUUUGGCCCGCCGCGUGCCUCAGGAUCCACUCUCCAUAUGCAUUCCGUUGUUUGCACACGCGGCAUUCUCCGAAGUUCAAUUUCUGAAUCUUAUGGAAUCCAGAAUCCAGAUUCAGAUAGACCAGAUCGUUGCAGAACAUCCAGCGGACGCGUUGGGAACGCUUCAAUACUUCACCAACAUUCUCAACCGCCAUGCCCAGCAGCUGAAAGAUAGCGCUCGUGCACUUUGCAAACUCGUUGAACAGAAUGGUCAGGGAUCAAAUGGCGCCAAGACUGAAAGUCUGACGACGAAAAAUGCCAUGGCCUCAGGUCAUAGUACAAGGCUGCCUUCGGAGACUGAGAUGACCGGAAUCUUUUCCUCGCCUAGAUCUGACGGUACGUAUACACCAAAAGGCAUCAUGGAAGACUAUGAUCAACUCUACGUCCGUUGCAUGGACUUGUCCAAAAUGUGUACCCAGGGCAUAAAUCUAGCCAUGAACAAAGCCACGAUCGACGAGUCCCGCAAAGCCAUUGAGCAGUCUAGUCGAGUUAAGAGACUGACUCUACUCGCUACACUGUUCAUCCCUCUCAGUUUUACUUCUAGCCUGCUGGGUAUGAAUAUUGACCUCCUGGGGCAAAAUGCAGUGAAGUUUUGGUGGUUUUUUGUCUUAUGUGUUCCGAUAACUUUGGUUGCUUAUAGUUUCUAUCUCUGGGAUAUUCAGUUCCUGAAGCGUUGCUGGGAUGUCGUUGCAUUAGGAGAGACAUAA